AUGGAGACGAGCUGCCUCGGGGGCGGGGGGCGUCGGGAGCUGCAGGAGCUGCGGCAGCAGCUGCGGAGCAGCAGCAAGGAGCAGCAGCGAGCAGCAGUGAAGGCUGUGGUGGAAAUGAUGGGCUCUGGAAAAGAA